AGGUGAUCACAGCAGCUUCGGUCAUAUGCAUGUUACUUAUCUAUUUAGUGUCGUCAUGUCGUUCGUGAGGUCCGUGAACAGGGCGUUCUUACCUCGAAGUUGCGUGAGCAAAGAAGAAACAUUGAAUCUGUCGCUGUUUGCCAAUGUCUUCGUUAGUAGCAGGGCUCUUGCAGACCCUUUUUCCAAGUAAGGGCGAAGAUGGUCGACUGUUGUGCAUUGGCUUGGAUGCGUCGGGGCGGACCUCAUGGUUGUACUCGCUAUUACUGCCUGGCCAGCAUAUCACCACUAUCCCGACCAUCGGCUUUAACGUGGAGACAGUAAAGCACAACGGAUGCUCGUUGUGCAUUUGGGACGUGGGCGGCUGCGACAAGAUCCGGCCGCUGUGGCGCCACUACUUCGCCGGCACGCAGGGCCUGGUGUUCUUCGUGGAUGGCAGUGACAUAGAGCGAAUGGACGAGGUUGCCGAGCAGCUGCGGUGGCUGACGGCGGCGGAGGAGCUGCGGGAGGCGUUUGUCCUGGUGGUGUCCAACAAGCAGGAUCUGCCGCGUGCGCUGUCGCCGCAGCAGGUUUCGGAGCGGCUGCGGCUGCCGGAGGUGCUGGGGCAGGGCGGGCGCAUGUGGACUUGCCUGCCGGGGACGCUGUGCGAUGAAAAGGCCAACAAAGCCCAGUUGGACUGGAUCACCACCGUCCUGCGGCAACACCAGCAGCAGCAGCGGGAGCGGGCGGCCGCUAGGGCUGCUGACGAGGCAAGCAAACCUGCUGCUGCCGGGGCUACUGGUGGUGGCGAGGGUGGCGGGGGUCCCUCCGCGGGCAGUGCUGGUGCUGGUGCUGGUGCUGGUGCUGGUGGUGAGGGUGAGGGUGGUGGUGAGCCGGACGUGCUGGAGCGCUGGUUGCAGGUGGAGGACGAGCCGGAUGAGGAGUUCCUGAGGAAGCUCGAGAAGUUCAGCCUGGACUCCUGGGACCACCGCACGCACCUGCGCAUCGCCUGGCUCUACCUCACCCGUCUAGGCAGGCGCGAGGGACUGCGCCGCAUCCACGCCUCCAUCCGCGCUUUCAUCCAGCACAGCCCACUCACGCGGCGCCGCACCGGCAGCGGCAGCACCUACCAUGAGACCAUGACGUACUUCUGGUCGCACAUGGUUCACUUCGCCAUCGCCAGCCAGAAGACACCUGAGGGCGCCACUCCGGACUUCCGGUUGUUCUUGCUGCUGAACCCGCAGCUCAGCAACGGCGGGCUCUUCCUGCAUUACUACACCAAGAAGCUGAUGCUGCUGACGCCCGAAUCUCGCACGACUGUGAUGCUCCCGGAUAAGCGCCCGCUGCCCAGCAUCAUAACGGACCUCUCGGCACUGUCAAUCAAGGACCAGCCCUCUGCUCCUGAUACCUCCACCACCACCUCCAUUACCACCACCGGAGCCAUCCCGGACGCCGAGUUCCUGCGCCGCUUCCUGGAUCGCUCCCUGGAUCGCUGGAACCACGAGUGCCUGCUGCGGGCGAUGUACUGCUGCCUGGCGGCGCACGGCCGCCGGCGCGGAGGCGAGGUGGCGCUGGCCGGCCUGCGGGCGCUGCAGGGGAUGACCGGCUUCCACCUCACCCUCAACUACUGCUGGCUGGCCCUGCUGACGCAUGCGCUGGCUGGGGAGUAUACGGCAGCGCUGUUCGGGGACGGCGGCGCUUCCUCUUCUGCCUCCAUGCGGGAGGGUGCGGGGGCUAGGUUGGAGGAGGAAGGAGGGGAGGGAGCGGUGGGAGUGCGAGGUGGGGAGGGGAGUGGCGGCGGUGGUGUCAGUGCGGGGGCUAGGUUGCCGGAAUGGAGUGAGCUGUUGGCAAGUGGGACGUAUGCGUCGGUAAUGGUGCGGGAGCUGGUGGCUGACCAGGAGAGGUAUCUGAGGUACUACUCCAAGAAGGUCAUGUUCUCGGGCGCUGCUGCCGUACAGUUUGCACCGCCGGAUAGGCGGGGCUUGCCGUCCGUAGUGUAAGCGGUCU